GUAAUCUCCUUCUUCAAGGGACGAUAAUCAAAAACCCUAAUUACCUAUUUGGAGUACGAAGGCACUCGAAGCCCUUCCCCACUUUUACGUAUCAAAGUGCUCUCAUUGAGAGACAUGACCGACGCAUCGUCCACCACGAUCGAACUCGACGCUAGGACUGCCGUCGCUGGCUUCCAGGCAGGGGGCGGCGGACGGGCAGGACGGCACCCGGAGCACCACGACAGAGGCGGGGGAUUUCACACGCCGAAGCCCAAGCUCGAGCCGCCCAAGAGUGAUGGAGCGGAACCCUUGCGGUGGUUAUAUCAGGUACAGGAGUAUUUUGCCUACUAUGAAACACCGCCGGAGGAAAGGUUACGAUGCGUAAUGAUGAUGCUCGAAGGACAAGCAGCUGAUUGGUUUCGAUGGCGGCGGAACAACGGCCUAAUCGCGGAUUGGGAUGACUUUGUACGGAAAUUCAAGUUACGGUUCGACCCACUUCAUUAUGUGGACUACGUGGGUCAAUUAACACGGGUUCGGCAGUCAAUAGGAGUCAUGGAGUAUCAGGCCGCCUUCGAGAAGGUCCUCACCCACGUCACCGACGUUCCCGAGCCUUAUCUUCAAUCAUUAUUCCAUGCAGGUUUGAAGAACCACAUCCAACACGAGAUCAGUUUACUCAAACCUGAGACGUUAUCGGAGUCCUUUGCAUUGGCACGGGAAUUAGAGGCAAAGCACCAAGCCAUCGUGCAUUCGGUAGGGUUGAAGAGUUCGUCGUGGGGUACCAACUUCAGUCGUGGCAACCCUAGCCGGGCCGUGUCCGAAGGAGCUGCCGGGUCAGUGACUAAGACGGCCCAGAUCAGCAGCGGGGUCAAAACUACAUCCGAGGGGCGAGAGUCCUCCAACACACCACCCGUCAGGCGCCUCACCAGAGCCGAACGUUUUGAAAAAGAUGCGAAGGGAUUAUGCUAUAAUUGCGACCAAAAGUGGCACAAGGGACAUAAAUGUGGGCGGUUCAUUCUGAUCAUGGGUGAAGACGAUGGGGAGGAGGAGGAACCCGAAGAAGAUGAAGAAAUUGAGGUCGCCGCCGACAUCUCGAGUUUGAACAGUAUGUCGGGGGUCACCACUCCUCGGUCCCUGCGACUCACGGGCAAGAUUGGGCAACAGGGGCUGGAUGUUUUAAUCGACGGGGGAAGCACACACAAUUUUGUGCAUCCCCUCACGGUGGAAAAAUUAGGGCUAAGUUUGGAGAGAGUGGCAGCGUUCCGGGUAUACGUCGGAAAUGGCGACUCACUGUGCUGCACCCAACAAUGCCGGAUCGUCGCUCUAGAGCUGCAAGGCACAACAUUUACAGUAGACCUGUACGUCCUCCAAAUCCACGGGCAUGAUGUGGUCCUGGGCGUCCAAUGGUUGAGGGGUCUGGGGCGCGUCCUACACGACUACGAAAAGGUGACAAUGGAGUUUGCCUGGGGAGAACAGACAGUGACACUACGGGGGAAUGCAGUGGUCCCUAAGCAAACCUCUUUGCACCACUUGCGGGCCUUGCAUGCGCGGCACGAGGUAGAUGCCGGAAUUCUUCUCAUGGUUGCCGAAGCCGGAGACACGAAAAAGGGAGAGUCUGGUGCGACACAAGAAGGACUGCCGAGGGGAAUUGCAGCGCUCCUGGAGCAUUUUGACGAAGUGUUCAACGAACCUCAGGGCCUGCCUCCACACCGUACAGCUGAUCACCGGAUCUAUUUGCAACCCGGCGUGGCUCCGGUGAAUGAACAACUCGCGCUACCAUCCGAGAUCGUGCAUGGGCAGCCCCUAUCGGAGCCAGCGCGGAUUCUCGCCGAGCGUCAGGUUUUGGUGCGGGGAAGACCGGAAAAACAAUGCCUGGUGGAAUGGACAGAUGGGGGACGAGAUGACGCCACGUGGGAACCAUACGACCGGCUUCACCAACGGUUUCCGGCGUUACACCUUGCUGACAAGGUGGCUUCGCAAGCAGAAGGGAAUGUUACGCAUGGACUACAUGGGUCUCAGAAGGAGACCUCCCGUGAGCGGGACAAGUCAGUGGGCCGAGCCAGGGCUAAACAGACCGAAGGAGAAAAGAGUUUGGGCCGAGAGGGUCGUGAGAAGAUACGAGAGCCGCGGACGAGGAAAGCACCGGGAUGGCACGACGAUUACGUUUUAAAGUAAAUUAAUAGUUUUAUCAUAUUUUCAUGCCUUUUCAGUUUUCUGUUAAUCAAAUACUCCGUAUUAAAAAAGUAAGCAAAAU